AACUUCUGCCUCCCUCCAGAACUUUCCAUCUGCUUCUCUUCCGCCAAAAAGCAAACACCUUGAGAUCAAUCUCUCAGGAAAAGAACCCAACCAGUAUGGCCGCCGCCGCACCGCCUCCGCCGCCCUCCGAGGUCCCCGAGAUGCCGGAGCUGGCUCCUCCUUCCUCCCGCCGCCCGCUCUUCGCCCGGGUCCGCCUCGCCGCGCCCUCCGACGUCCCCCACAUCCGCAGGAUGAUCCACCAGAUGGCCGUCUUCGAGCGCCUCGCAGACCACUGCACCGCAACCGAGGCCUCCCUCUCCUCCACCCUCUUCAACUCCCCUCCCUUCCAGUCCUUCACCGUCCUCCUCCUCGAGGUCUCCCACCUUCCCUUCGCCCCACUUCCGCCGCCGCAAAACCCUACCGCCGUGCCCGCAUUCGCCCCGAUCGUCCACACGAUCAACCUCGACCUCCCCAUCGAGGACCCCGAGACCCAGAUCUUCGCUUCCGGGGCCGAGGGCAGCGGCGCCGUGGUGGCGGGGUUCGUCCUGUUCUUUCCGAACUACUCGACGUUCCUGGCGAAGCCGGGGUUCUACGUAGAGGACCUGUUCGUGAGGGAGUGCUACCGGAGGAAGGGGCUGGGGCGGAUGCUGCUGACGGCGGUGGCGAGCCAGGCGGCGAGGAUGGGGUACGGGAGGGUGGAGUGGGUGGUGCUCGAUUGGAACGUGAACGCGAUUAAGUUUUACGAGGAGAUGGGGGCGAAGAUUCUGCAGGACUGGAGGAUUUGCAGGCUGACCGGAGAGGCUCUCUCUGCUUUUGCCAACAUCGAUUACUGAAGAAGGUGACUGAAGAAAAAAAAAGUCGACAUUUUUAAUGUGGUGAAAUGAAAUGAAAAAGAUUCCAAGUCGCUGUUUUGUGUUUCUUAUUAGGUCUAAUCCGGUAUGUUGUUUCGUUGGGGAAUUCUGGAAUUGUCGUAAAGUGGGUCGAUGAGAGUCUGUCGUUUGUGUUAACUUCUGAAAGCAAUCGAAUGAACUCGAAGUUGUCUCUGUUUCGGCUUCUUUGUUAGCAGCAUCUGCAGGUGUAUUUAGUGCGGUUCAAGCGUGUCUGGAAUUCCAAGCUAAUUCGAUUCGGAAGCGAAGUCUGUAUUGGGCA